GGUGUUAAUGCUAAAUUUGCAAAGAACACAACAAGAGCACCAGCUAAUUUGGCUAAGAAAAGGGGGGCGAAGGAGCUUAAUAAAGAUAACACAAUGAAGGAAAAGAAAGAAAGAUUUGAUGAACAAAAUAAUGACAACAAAAUGUCAAAGGAAGAUGAUAAUGUAUCAGAUGAGCAAAAAGAUAAAGAAAGUGAUGCAAAGCAAGUUGAGGAGAAAGAGGUCAAAACAAGGGAAGACAAAAAAGAUGAAAACAACAUGAGAUCGCCAAUGAGAUCGCCUAGCAAUAUUGAUGAUGCAAUAAAACCUGAAUGGAGAGAAAUUGUGCAAAGUGCAGUCCAAGCAUUCUUAGAAAUAGAAGACUGUGAUAUUUAUACACCUUCUCCAAUCAAGAAGACACAAGAACCUGUGCGACCAUCAAUUCCAUCAUUCUCCCUAAUGAUACAUGAGGAAAACAAAAUAGGGAAAAAUAGGUGAUAGAUGAGAAAAACAAAAUAGGGGAAGAAGAAAAGGUGAUAGAGGACAAUAAGUUAACAGAAGUAGAUAGGGAUAAAAUAUACUUUUGGACAACAGACGAUAGGUUGAACAAGGAUGAGACUUUGUGCAUCUUAAAA